UUGAAUUUCCAAGAUCAAGACCAAACCCAAUAAUAAAGUCUGUAUUAAUAAACCUCAUUCACAAAACCCAACUUUCCCAUUGACCAUAACACAUAAAACUUCAACUCCUUCUUUCUUUCCACCUCUCUUGAUUUCUCUCCUCUUUCUCUGCCAUGGAAGAUGAUGAAGAAUGCAGCACAGGGCUAUGUCUCGGGUUGGGAAUGGGAGGUUACAUGCCAAAAAAGGAGAACCAGAAAGUGAACAAGGUAGAGAGGUUCAUGUAUUUGGAGAAAAUCCCUGAGAGACUACAACAUUACCCGACAAAAAGCACUGAUUCCGAUCACAACACCGAUAACAAGAACACCUGCAGAAAGAAACUGAGGCUUACAACUGAACAAUCAGCCAUGCUUGAAAACUGCUUCAAGCUGCAUACCACUCUUAAUCCAGUCCAGAAACAAGCACUUGCUGAUAAAUUGAAUUUGAAGACUAGACAAAUUGAAGUUUGGUUUCAGAACAGAAGAGCAAGGACAAAGCUGAAGAAGACAGAGGUGGAUCACGAGUUGUUGAAGAAACAGUGCCAGAAUCUAAGCGAUGAGAAUCGAAGGUUGAAGAAGGAAUUGCAGGAACUUCGUGCAUUGAAAGUUGGAGAAUCAUCAGCAUUAUGCAUUCAGCUAUCGAAAAGAGCAACUCUAGCAAUGUGUUCUUCGUGCCAGAAACUAUUGAAGCUCAAUGAAGGGAACAACAACUUUUCCAAUAACCUCAAAUCAGAGAGCGACAUAGACAUAGAGUAAGAGGGUAUGAAAUAGAUUCCUAGAUGAAGGGUAUUGGAAUUUCAUCAAAGCUAGCAAUAGUAUAUUGAUAGUAGAAGAAAAGAAAUCAUACAUAGAUUCAUAUACUAGUCCCACAUCGGACAUAAGGAACUGGGGUUGCUAAGAUGGUGAUUAGGUGCCUCCUUAAUUAUUGAUUCAUUUACUAAUUAAUUAAAAUUUAUUCAGUAUUUCGUUCA